AUGGCUCGACCGGCAAUCCGACGCGCUGUGAUAGUAGCGCUGGUGCUCUUAGCGGGGCUGAUCCCGUGCCUCGUGCUUGCUCUCGCUCACGGCGAGAACGGGCUGCCCGUCUUUGGACGCGCUCGCGGACGGCGUGCGGGAGGAACGGGCGCUGCGCUCAUCCUCUCCCCCACCCACUUCCCCCCUGCUCUCUCCUCUCCCCUUCAGGGCUGCCCGUCGCUGGACGCGCUCGCGGACGGCGCGCGGGAGGAAGGGGAGCUGCGCGCGAGCGACUUUGGCGGAGACUUCGUGUUCGGAUUCGCUACAAGCGCCGCUCAGGUGGAGGGCGCAGUGGCGGAGGGCGGAAGGGGGAGAAGCAUCUGGGACGACUUUGCUGAGAGGGCAGGGAAGAUCAAGGACGCUUCAAAUCCGUCAGUCACGGAUGAUCAGUUUCACCGGUUUAAGGAUGACGUGGCACUGCUCAAGGCCAUGGGGGCGACCUCCUACCGCUUCUCCAUCUCCUGGUCCCGAAUCAUCCCUGAUGGCAUGGGAGCAGUGAGCGAGGCGGGCGUGCAGCACUACAGCCACCUCAUAGACGAGCUGCUGGCCAAUGGCAUCGCGCCAGCUGUCACCUUGUACCACUGGGACCUGCCGUCUCACCUGCACGAGGCACGCGGGGGGUGGCUUAACGGAAGCAUUGUGGACGCUUUUGUUCGGUAUGCGGACGUGUGCUUUGCUCGCUUUGGCGACUGCGUGAAGACUUGGAUUACUUUCAAUGAGCCACAGCAGACUGCAGUGCAGGGCUACGGCUACGGCACAAUGGCGCCCGGGCGCUGCUCCAACCGGUCCUCCUGCGAGCAGGGAGAUUCUUCCACCGAGCCUUACACCGUCGCUCACCACAUCAUGCUCGCCCAUGCUGCUGCUGUGGCCGUCUAUCGGAGGAGAUACAGCAACCAAUGGGUUGCCAACUGGGGGAACGGGGAGAAGGGGAAGAAGGAGAAGGAAAGGAACGGCGCAGGAGGGCGCAUAGGCAUGACGAUGGAUUGUGUGUUUCUGUUCCCGGCCGAUGGGAGUGAAGGGAGCGCGGACGCGGCUCAACGAGGAAUGGAGUUUGCUUUUGCAUGGUUUGCAGAUCCCUUAUUCAGGGGCGACUACCCGCCCUCCAUGCGCCAGGCUGUCGGCUCGCGUCUGCCGUUCUUUUCUGCCGCCGAAUCCUCGCUACUGAUUGGCUCCUCGGAUUUCAUCGGCCUCAACUUCUACACCGCUCAGUUCGCCGCCCAAAAAGCGGCUCAGAGUGGAGGGGAUGCUGACGUGGCAGCUGGGGCGGCACCGUGGAUGGACUGCCACGUGGACAUGACAGCUGUGUCCCCUGUAACGGGGAAGCUUAUAGGGGAGCGCACAGCAUCAUCAUGGCUGCACGUGGUGCCAACAGCAAUCCAGCACAUGCUGACGUGGAUCAGCCACAGAUAUCCGUCCGUCCCCAUCAUCAUCACUGAAAAUGGAAUGAGCGAGCCCAACCUCCCGUCGCGCUCACUCGCUCGCUCCCUCUGUGACGAUCAGCGCGUUCGCUUCUACCGCUCCUACCUCUCCAGUGUGCUUCAAGCCAAGCGGCAAGGCGUGCUGGUGGAGGGAUACUAUGCCUGGUCGCUUCUGGACAAUUGGGAAUGGGCCAUGGGGUUUUCAGAGCGGUUUGGUGCAGUGUUUGUCAACUUCACGGACCCUUCGCUUCCGAGAUUCCCCAAGGCGUCUGCUCUCUGGAUCAAGCACCUUCUAAGAGCACACUCGAUGCACAUUAGAGGGCAUGCGGUGCAGUAA